AUGGCAUCAAAUGUGAUGAUUACGGAUGUAUUGGAUGAGUUGAAUGAAGAAAAUAGUCGACUAAUCAAUGAAUUGGUUUUCAGUAAACAAUUGAUUGAAUUGUUUGAUAAUUACAGACAUUUAGUUAAGAGUUUGCAAACAAAUUGUUGUUGUAUUGAAAACAAUGAAUUGAAAACCCAUUUGAAUCAACUCGAAGACAACUAUUUGAGACUUAAGACAACAAAACAGAAAAAUGUUGAUAAAAAUCUGACAAAAAAUUUAAGACCAAAGAAGAUAUUGAAGAUAACAGAAUCAACGGAUAAUCUAUUGAUUAGAGAUUAUAUUAAAACAAGAAAUAAAUUGAAUAAUAGUUAUGAAAAAACUGCAAACAAAUCGUUAAGUGAUAGAGAAGUGCUAAUGAAGAAUAAGAAUAAGACAUGGAUUAAUAAAAUUGAUUUUACAAAACAACCGAAAAGUUUGGCCACAAAUACCAAACACUUGAACUCUUCCUCUUCUUCAGCUGUUUGUAUCAAACAAUACAAUAAUAAUAAUAAUCACAACACAAGUGAUGAUAAAAAACCAAUAGUUAUUGACAACAAUAACAACAACGACAAUCAUAAUCCAGAU